AAAUUGCUCCUGUCUGCACAUCCUGUGGUCCCGCCUUAAUAAAAUGAAUAGUACAGCGAACACGCUGGUUGCUGUAUCCUCCACAGGCUAUAAUUUACUUUAAAGAAGCAAUGAAGGACAUACUUGUACUUCUGAUUCUGCUGAGUGCCCAAACUACCAAGGUGUGCUCUCAGCCUUAUGAGGCGGACUCAGAUGGAAACUGUCGCGACACAACACACGAGUACCUGUCAGAGGACUUAAACCUGUGCUGCAAGAAAUGUCCCCCUGGACAGCGAUUGAAACAGGAGUGCUCUAAAACUACAGAGAGUGUCUGUGAAGAGUGUAAACCGAACCAGUACAGGGAGGCCUGGAACUAUGCUAAAAACUGUGAGUCCUGUGCCAAAUGCAAAUCAGUCAAAGGUCUGCAGUAUGCCCAAAACUGCUCGUCUACUACAAGCUCCAAGUGUAUGUGCCAGCCUGGGAUGUAUUGCAUAAUAGGAUUUGACGACCCAUACUGCACAGAAUGUAAGAAGUACAGGCUAUGCAAAGCUGGGUAUGGAGUGUCUGUGCCAGGGACAAAACACUCAGAUGUGAAGUGUACACCGUGCCCUGAAGGAACGUUCUCUAACACAGACUCCUCCACGGACAGCUGUCGGCCUCAUAAUGACUGUCAUGGGAAGGCUGUUGUUAUAAAAGGCAAUGCUACCUCAGACACCGUGUGUGAGCCUGAGGAUACAUCCACACAGCGUCAAAGCGCAACAGUUCUCACGACUGCAAGUACAAUAAGGAGCACGGUCUUAGCAGUCUCAGACUCCACAGUGUCUGUCAACUACUCAACAAAAAGCCCACCACCACACACAGAACCUGGCCUAGUGGCGGGUGUCAUUACUGGAGUCAUUGUAUUCGUUUUGCUUGUCAUCUUGCUGGCAUGCCUUUGUAAAGCCAAUGUCUGGAACAAAGAUGCUGCGCAACCUAAACCUAAAGUAGAUGCAAAUGGAAAUUGCGAAAGCGGUGAUAAACAAAUCAAUCAGGGUUAUCUGGGGCAAACUCAGCUGAUGUCACUCACAGUUACCGCACCAGAACAACAGUGUCUGCUGGAGAAAGGGGAAGCCUACAGUGACCACCUUCAGUCUAGUGACGAUUCUGAACCUCUGACCAGAAGAAACGGCUGCAGCAACAACGAGUCCAACGGCCCUUUGCGAUCCACUGUAGGCUUUAACAAUUCACACUCUGCUCUGUCAGAGCCUAUGUCUUUAAUUUCCAACACGGAGCCUAUCGCACCUCAGCCUAGCGUCCCCUCACAGUCCUCCUCUCAGCCCUCCUCUCAGCCCACCAGCCCGCAGAUCAUCAGCCCUGUAACCACCAGUCCUCAUGUCAACGUCAACAUCACUUUCCACAUAGGAAACGGGACUUGCGGGACACCAUCUGUCAUGCCCACAAACUUGACGGAAGCAGACUGUAAGCUCCCCUUUGGAGAGGAAGAGGAGUCAUUUAGCAUCCCACAGCAAGAAAAUGGAAAACACUCAAUAAUGUCAGUGCAAGACAGUGAAAGUUACAGUGUAUGAUCAGUCACCUGCAUGAAAGACUGAUAAGCCAGUUUGAUCUCUCUGUCAUGUGAAAAACUGAAAUCAGACUGGCUGAACAACUUGUAGAUUUGGUAUGUUUUAUGAGGCAAACAAACAUAAACCUUUGUUGUGUAUAUAUGUGUGUUGUAUAUAUAUGUACAGUAGAGAACUGUAAAUAAAGAUAUGAAUAUUG